AUGAAUGAAUCAUUAUGUCCAGACGGUUAUCUUCUGGCUAUAAAUGUUCUUUCAAUUACGCUUUCUUUGCCAAUGGUGGUUAUUUUCAAACUUUUAUGUGUGCUACUCUUAAUUCAUUCGAAAACAUUUCAUCCGUUUUUUACAAUUUCGUUCAUCCUUCUAAUAUUCUCCUACGCAAUAUGCAACUUAUGUGUUCUUCUAACCGCUGUAUUUCAAUUAUACAAUGAAGAAAGUCCAGUUAUCUUCUACAUUGAUAAAGUCUAUACAUGGGUCUACUUUUAUAUUCAACCAUGCGUAGUAAUUGGAUUGAUUGAAAGGCUAUGUGCGACUAUUUUUGUUAGUGCCUAUGAGCACUCAAGAUAUUGGAUUGUUUUUGUUAUUGGACAAGUCCUAGGUAUUGGGGUUGUGUAUUAUGAGAACGUGUUAAUGGAGAAUGGAGAUUACAAUGAUACUGCGAAGAAUGUUCAGUUCGGGUUGUCGAUUUGUAUUUGUGUAUGUUUGGUUAUUUUGUAUUUUGUCAAUCGUUACUUGACAUUGAACUCUCGCCACAAAUCAAAAUUGACAGUUCGGUAUCAAUUGGCGGAAAAUGUGAAAGCAUUGAGAAUCUUCGUUCCAUUCAUCAUUGUAGACAACAGUAUAUCUAUUUUAUUUGUUUUCUCAAUGAUUUUCUUUGAAGUGGACUUCAAUAUAAAUCUAGAAGUUUGUAGAAAUCUUCCUGGAUAUAAAAUUAGUUUUGCUGUUUUUAGAACGAUACUUCUGGUGACCCAGUUAUUCAUGCCUCUCCUAGUUGUGAGACAACAUUCUUCCAUUUGGAACCAAAUCAAAACUCAACUGGCUCGACGGAAGCCGACAGUACGACAGAGCAUUGAUGGCGACCCGAAUAACAAAGUUCUUAAAGUUUAUUAUAAGUCUGAAAAAAUUGUUUAA